GAGGUUCAAGGGUUUUCUAGCACAUUUUGGCGGAAAACCUCAGCGUAGUAACUCACACUACACUCUUCCGCCCGAUUAUCUCUCGAUCAUUUCUCUGUGCCCUAGCGCCUCUUCCGCCGCCGCUGCUGCCAACCACCGUUUCUCUCGCCGCUCCCGGUACCGAUCGAGCCUUCUCCGGCCAAGUUCAGAUUCUCACGAGCUUCGUCAGGAGUACAUCUUCUGUUGCUGGAUUUAGUUCUCGCGUGUGAACAUUUUCGGAAUAUUUUGAAUCCAAAAAAUCAUGCACGCGCCAGUUCUCGUUCUCCAGGACUCUUUGAAACGGGAGUCUGGAGCUAAAGUGAGAUAUGCUGUUAUUCAGGCAGCAAAGGCUGUUGCUGAUGUAGUCCGUACAACACUGGGACCCAGGUCCAUGCUAAAAAUGCUUCUCGAUGCUCAAGGAGGAAUUGUUGUUACCAAUGAUGGAAAUGCUAUAUUACGUGAAUUAGACCUUGCUCACCCAGCUGCGAAGUCAAUGAUUGAAUUAAGUCGCACCCAAGACCAAGAAGUGGGGGAUGGAACAACAUCUGUCAUCAUUCUUGCUGGUGAGAUGCUUCAUGUUGCUGAUGCAUUCAUUGACAAAAUUCACCCUACAGUUAUUUGCCGAGCAUAUACCAAAGCUUUGGAGGAUGCUAUUGCUGUUCUUGACAAAAUUGCAAUGCCUAUUGAUGCUCAGGAUCGAGGUAUAAUGCUGGGGCUAGUAAAAAGCUGCAUAGGUACCAAGUUCACAGGUCAAUUUGGGGAUUUAAUUGCUGAUUUAGCUAUUGAUGCUACUGCAACAGUAGGUGUUGAAAUUGGCCAAGGUUUGAGAGAUGUAGAUAUUAAAAAUUAUAUUAAGGUUGAAAAGGUUCCUGGGGGACAGCUGGAGGAUUCUAGAGUACUCAAGGGAGUUAUGAUAAACAAAGAUGUGGUUGCACCUGGCAAAAUGAGGAGAAAGAUUGUUAACCCACGCAUCAUUCUUCUUGAUUGUCCCCUUGAGUAUAAAAAGGGUGAAAACCAAACAAAUGCUGAACUGCUCAAAGAAGAAGACUGGAAUCUCUUGUUGAAGAUGGAAGAAGAAUAUAUUGAGGAGAUGUGCAUGCAGAUACUGAAGUUUAAGCCUGACGUGGUAAUCACGGAGAAGGGUCUGAGUGAUUUGGCUUGUCAUUAUCUGAGCAAGCAUGGAGUUAGUGCAAUCAGGAGGCUGAGAAAAACUGAUAAUAAUAGAAUUGCUAAGGCAUGUGGUGCUGUUAUUGUGAAUAGACCGGAUGAAUUGCAGGAAUCUGACGUUGGUACUGGUGCUGGGUUAUUUGAGGUUAAGAAAAUUGGAGAUGAGUACUUUGCAUAUAUUGUUGAUUGUAAAGACCCCAAGGCCUGCACCGUACUACUAAGGGGAGCUAGUAAGGAUCUUUUAAAUGAAGUUGAAAGAAACCUACAGGAUGCCAUGUCUGUUGCAAGGAACAUAAUAAAAAAUCCAAAACUUGUUCCUGGAGGUGGUGCAACAGAAUUGACAGUGUCAGCUGCCUUGAAACAGAAGAGUUCUUCUAUCGAGGGCAUAGAAAAAUGGCCGUAUGAAGCUGCUGCCAUUGCUUUUGAAGCUAUACCACGUACUUUGGCACAAAAUUGUGGAGUAAAUGUCAUCCGGACUAUGACUGCUCUCCAAGGAAAACACGCAAAUGGGGAAAAUGCAUGGAUUGGUAUAGAUGGAAAUACUGGUAGCAUCACUGACAUGAAAGAGCGCAAGAUCUGGGAUGCCUACAAUGUGAAGGCGCAAGCUUUUAAGACUGCCAUUGAAGCUGCUUGCAUGCUUCUGAGGAUUGAUGAUAUAGUGAGUGGUAUCAAGAAGAAGCAAGCCCCUGGAGGUUCAGGUUCCUCAAAACCCAAGAUUGAGACCGAGGCAGAUGCUGACAAUGAACAAAUCCUUCCUGACUGAGAAUCUAGGUUCAGUUGACACUGCUUUUUGAUACAGUUGAUGACGUACUAGGUUCUUGGUCUUCAUUAAAUAUUAUCAAAUAUUCUUAGAAGUUCUGGGUCCUUGACUGGGCUGUUUUUUACUGUUUGCAAGAGCGAUUUGUGAACCGUAGUUUAUUUUAAAGACUAUAUUAAUUGGCGUAUGCUUUAUUGGGUGUUUUAGGUCUACUGUUGAGAUUUUGUGGCGGGGUCAAACAUACCAGUUUCACCAAUUUUGUUGAGCUGUUUCAUGUUUCUGUUCCUAUUCGUUUGUGAAACGUUCUUUACAUACACUCACUUCCUCA